UAGGGCUGAGAACUGCUUAUUAUAUCGGCGUGAACGCCGGGACCCCCCGAAAACUCUCGUGCCGUGAUUCACGAAUCGGUUCAAAACCGAUUCGUUCGCGAAUCGGGCAGCACAAAUUUGUACAAACUUUGCAACAUGGCGGCAGACCACAUCGACGAGUUGGCAAGCAUGGACAGCUCCAACCGAACCUCUCGUCUUGGUUUGUGCAGGGAUAAAUACUCAUUGCUCGUCAUUGUUGGACAGCCCGGUCCGGCUGGAUUUGUGGAUUUACUGGUGUCAGAGAUUGAAAGAGGUAUACGUUCGUGGGACGUCGACCUAACUGCCUGCAACCUAGAUGAACAGCUCAAGCGUUUUAUUUCAAGACAUUCUGCUUUCUUCUCUGAGGACCUCAAAGGUCAGAAGACACUGCAGCACAAUGGAGAUUUACUCAUGACGCAGGUGAUAGUUAACCCAUCUCAUGCUUUAGUCUGUUCAGAGGUUCGUCGGCUAAUAUCUGAUAUGUCUCUUCACAAGCUGCUAAUUCUCGCUGGACAGUGUGUUGAAGUGACAGGAGACCUUGUGUUACAAACAGGGUCUUUUUCUCUAAAUGACUUCAUCCACAUAUUUUCAGAUGAAGAGAUUGGAGAUAUUCUGAGCUCUGCAGACCCUACCCAAAAAGCCAGCCUAACUCUGAGCUACCCCAAAACUGGGAUGUGGAAAAAUUAUCAGUUGGAAAAGCAUAAUUUGCAAGAUUUUAUCGAAAUUAAAACCAACCCUUCUUUAGUGCUGCCAGAGAUGGAGGGCCUUCAAGAGUUCAUAGAGUAUCUGUCAGAGUCUCUCGAACCUCAGUCACCAUUCAAUCUGCUUGUGCCGCCUAGUACAGUGGGCUUCCUGAAACUGUCCCGUCCCUGCUGCUAUGUGUUUCCUGGGGGAAGAGGUGACAGUGCCUUCUUUGCUGUGAAUGGUUUUAAUGUCUUGGUCAAUGGAGGGUCUGAUCCACGUUCCUGUUUCUGGAAACUGGUGAGACAUCUAGACAGAGUUGACUCCGUAUUGCUCACCCAUGUUGGUGUGGAUAAUCUACCUGGUAUAAACAGCCUUCUUCACAGAAAAGUGGCUGAACAGGAAGAGGAGUCCGCUGGAUCGCAGAUCAGUGAAGAUUGGCAAAAGAAUCUGAUUUCUCCAGAAAUAGGGGUUGUAUUCCUCAAUGCAUCAGAAAGAUUUAAAACAUUUCAGAGUGACCCCAGGGUUCUUCGAAGUUGUGAUCAGGUUGCACUAACAUUACAGCAUUUAGAAAGUUUGUCGAUGUCUCCAGAACAGCUCAGUCGCUCAACUGGCCCUGCUAUCGAGCCAGCAAUUCUCUUCCAGAAGAUGGGAGUAGGUCGACUAGAGCUUUUUGUACUCAAUCCAGUCAAAGGUAGCAAAGAACUAGAGCUUUUCUUGCAAACCUGGCCUAAUGUAAAAAUCUCAGAAAUCCCUCUAACUUGCAUGGUUUCCAUAUGUGCUCUGUUGGUAUGGCAUCCGUCUAAUCCUCGGGAAAAGAUCAUUCGCGUUCUAUUUCCUGGGUGCACACCAGAAUCUAAGAUCUUUGAUGGGUUGGAGAAGCUAAAACAUCUAGACUUCCUCAAGCACCCAGUGGUUAGUUUAAAGGAUCUUGAGGCGUCUAAAUUGGGUAAACAGCCAAAGCAUGCAGAGAGCAAGGAAAGUCUUAAGAGUGUUUCCAAAGAAUCUAGACCUGCUAGUGCAUCGCUCAAAGACAAGGUAAACAAAGUAGAUUUGAAAAAGCAAGACACUAAACCUAUGACCAAAUCCACUAAUGAUACUGUUCCAAAAGAUGGGAAAGAGGCUGAGGAAAAAGCAAAGCCAAAAGGUGAUGUCAAGCAAAGACCUAAGCCUGAAAAACAAGUGACAAAGAAAGAUCCUGCUAAAGAAGAAAAGAAUGAAGUUAAGAAGAAAGCGGACAGGCCAUCAAGUAGUGUUGCAAAGAAAGAAGAUAAUUUUGAGAAAAAGAAAGAACCCUUGAAAAAAGAUAUUUGUGCAAAGCCCAAGAAAGAAAUUAAAACUGAAUUUAAUAUUAAGAAAGAAGUCAAACCAGAAGACAAAAAAACAACCAAAACUCUUGGUAAGGAUGUUAAGAAAGCCACUGGAAUUUUGCCAGGCAAUGCAGACUCUAGAACAUCAAUGGGGAAGAGUGGUUCACUAAAGAAAGAUUUGAUGGUCCCCAAAAAGGAUGCUUUAACCAAAGGGAAGCCAAAGCCACAUAAAAAGGAUCCCAGCAAUGUGAAAUCAGCAAGUGAAGUUGUAGCAGAUCGUUCAAAGAUGUCUACACCCGAGGACAUGACCACAGGAUUGGAAAAGUUGAGGAUGGAGAAUGAGCCACUGCAGAAUGUUGAAGGCAACCAUUUGAAUUCAAGAACUGAAAGUGAUUUGCUGGUGAAUGGCUCUAAAAUAGGGUCGGACGAAAGUCCAGAGAAGUUUCGGAGUAUAUAUGGUCUUCCUGGUUCAGACAAUGCUAUUGAACCUCCCUCGCCGCUUGCAAAGACUCCAAAGAGUGUGAAAAGUGUCAAUUUUGAUCUCACACCAACAGAGCAUGAUGGAUGCCUAAAAGAGGAUGUCUGUGAAAGCUUGGAUGACAAAACCUUUGAGUUAGUUUCUCCUACAGACUCUGGAAAGAACAGUGCAGGGCAUACCCCUUUCCCCUAUUCUCCUGAUUAUGCUGCUCAAAUCUCUGGUGAGGAUAGUGGUGUGAGAAUUAGGAUGUCUGGUCUCAGUGAAGACAAUCAGAUGGGUUCCCACAAGAACGCUAUAGGAGGUGGCUCUAAAAUCAACUUGGAAAACAGCUCCAUAUCCUCACAAGACAGACAAUCAAGCUUUCUCUCAUCACUGUCUCUAAAGGAUACUCUGCCUGAUGCCUCUCCAAGCAUUAUUUCCUUUCCUGCGGAAGUUGGCUCUCCACACUCCACUGAAGUAGAUGAUUCUUUUUCGGUUUCCUUUGAACAAGUGCCUGUUUGUCACUCAUCAAAAGAGGAGAUGCACUACACUAAUGGACAUUUAGCAGACCUUGACUCAAAAACAGAAAUGUCCUUGCCCUUAAAAACAUCUAAUAGUAACCACACAUAUGAUGGAUCAGAAAAUCACACCUUUCGACCACAGAGUGACAUGCUUCCACAUGAUGUCGACCUAUGCCUGGUCUCACCUUGUGAGUUCAGGCAUCACAAAUCUCUGGAGAACCAACAGGGACAGUCUCCUGAGAUUGUUGACCCAAGUCCUGACCUUUCUGAGGAGCCAGUUAGAUUGCCCUACCAAUGCAAUAAUAGUGAUCAUCAGUCACUUGAAAGUCAAGAGACCACAACGUCCUCUGUUAGUGUCUCUCUGAUCUCAGUUUCUGAUUCUGAUGUCCUACCAGCCACUGGAGAGUGUCCUUCAAUUAGUGAGGACUUAGAAUCUGAUGAAGACAUUGGUGAGAUGUUUCCACCCCACCAUCCUCAUGACCAUCCCAGCAGUCAUUCGUUCCACUGUGAUUCCCAGUAUGCCUCUGAAGACCCUCCACCUGCUCCAAUGAAAGAUUUACCUCCACUGCCACCUCAGCCUGGUGCCUGCAUGGCUGACCCAGAGGCUGAUGGUCAAAGCAGAUCUUCCAAGAAUGUAACGUCAAAUGCCAAGAAAAUAGCAAAUAUGUCAACUAAGACAGCAUUUGCAAAUAUCACAACACAGAGUGGGAAGACAAAGGCUGCUAUGCAGGCAUCUGCCAGUGGAACCAUUCGAGUAACAUCUAGUCUGGACAACAGGCCUGCAUCCCGCAGUGCCAUCAGUGGAUCUAGACCAGCACCUUUAAAGUCCUCCUCCAGUUCUGCAAAUUCAAGUUCAGUACCAGUCUAUUUGGACCUGGCAUAUUUGCCUUCUGGUUCAGCAGCUCCCACUGUUGAUGUGGAGUUUUUCCGGCGUCUACGCUCAUCCUGCUAUAUAAUUAGUGGAGCUGAGCCACACAAGAAAACCGUCAUGAGAUCUAUUCUAGACUCUCUUUUAGAGGGUAAAGCAUCCUGGCCUGAUGUGAAGGUUACCCUGAUCCCCACCUAUGAUUCGCUGCCAAUGCAUGACUGGUACCAGGAGACCCAUGAGCUCCAGAGAGAUCUGGGAAUCACAGUACUGGGCAGCAACAGCACUGUGGCAAUGCAGGACGAGACCUUCCCAGCAUGUAAAGUGGAGUUUUAAACACACCCCUGCCUUUCACUAGAGCACUUCUGUUCGCCUGCAAAACAAUGUGCUAAGUGUUUUCUAAGUGUGAAGUGUUUCUUCACUGUGAGAAAUUUUAUCUUGAGCAGCAGGAUGAAGAAUUUAUAGUUUAUUUAACAGCGGUUUGGAAUACUUGAGUGCUAACUAACUAGAGCAGCAGUCACAUUGCUUGAACUUUUUCAGAAAUUAAUUAGGAAUAGUUCACCCACAAAUGAAAAUUCUGUCGACAUUCACCCUCUUGCCGUCCCAAACUUGUAUGAUUGUAUGUGACCAGUACAUUCUUCAGAAUUUCUCCUCGUGUUCCAUGGUGGAAAAAGUAAUACGGGUUUGGAACGACAUGAUUUGGGGUAAGUAAUGGGUGAGCUAUUCUUUUACUAUCUUUGCGCUGCUGCAUAAAAUGUGCAAAAUAGGGGUGUAAACCGGACGUUUCAUCACGAUACGAUCUUGAAUCGAUUCUCUUUGCCUGCGCUCUGAUAUUUGCUGAUACUUCAAAGUCCGCAAUACAAUUGGAUUCAGGGCCCUGCGAUCGAUAUUCCAAUAUUAUGUGCCUAUUUUACACAAAAUGUUCUGCCCUCAAAUGCAACGAAAAUAUAAUUUGAUUAUUUUAUUCAGCUCACUGUAUCCACAUUGUGACAUCCACAACAAAAUAAGGUACUUCAGAUGUUGAAAAAUAUGACCGCUUAUUUUUGAGUUUAGUCUAAUUCAAAAUACUUACAAACCCAUGACUUGUUUCCAACUAUCCGUGCUAUCCGUGGUUUCUUGGCUACAACUUCCAUUGUUGUAAUGAAAGAUUCUGUUACAGUUAACUGGGAUAAAUGUUAGUAAAGGUGUUGAUGUGUAGCUGUGUAAAGUCUUAUAACUGAUGCUGGAGCUGAGCAGGUGUUUCUCUUUCCCUCAUUAGUGCUGUUCAGAAUGUCAGCGUUGUCAAUAUUUUUCACAUGGUUGAGCUCCAUUGUACUUUAAAAUAGCAAAUUCUCAUGUAAAAUUCAAAUGGGUUGCAUGAGCAAUGAUAUCGAUGGAAGCCCGAAUUAAUCGUGCAUGUGAGCCGCUCUGCGUUUGUUACAAGAGCUCACAUUUUAAGGAGUGACUGGUUGACGUGCUCACGCUGAUCCUGUCAAGAGAGCUCACACUUCGCAGGAAGCCCGGUUGACGCGUGCGCACGCCACACGGAUAGCAGAGCACAAUUUGGCUUCAAAAUUGUCUGUGUCCCACAUGAAAAACAUAUUUAGUGCUCAAAGUUAAAUGAAUGUAAUAAGGUUGCUUCAUCGACUGACGGAAAUGCAUACAGACGUGGCUGGCAUGAGUAUUAAAAUAAAGGUACAUCUUAAAUAUCUAUUUUGAUAUUUACGCUUUGUAUCGAUAACAUUGGAUCGUUGGUUAUUGGCUCAAUGGAUCGUCACACCCCUAGUGCAAAAUAUGGUUAUUCAGCAUAGACUUUUAACACUUACCUUUUGUACUAUUUGUUUUUGUUUUUUUCAUUUACUUGCCUCCCUUUGCAAAAACGUAAUUAGUAUACAAAGAUGGAUUUUCUUUAUUGCUCUACCAUCAAUCGAAAAACACUAAAGCAGCAUUUGAUUUAUGACACUUUAUUUGAAGUGAAUAUUUUUGUGCUUUUUGUUGAUCACCUUGUUUGCCUGUUUUUUGUUUUGUUUUGUUUUUUCUCGAUCAGUGUACAUUAUAAUAGCAAUUGCUGCUAUACACUUUUUUUUUUUUUUUUUUUAAUGGUUGUCAAGGGGAGCCAAUAUAUUCUUGUUUGUGUGGACCUUUAUGAAACGGAAUAGAAAAUUACUUAUUCUAAGUUGCACUUUUUCAUGUCUGAGCCCAUAAAAUUAUUUUCUGUGGUACAAGUAGUUUUAGAAGCAUUUCUUUUUUUCUUUUUUUUUUACAUGUAUUUUUGUUAUCAUUAUAAGAAUAAUAAUAAUAAUAAUAAUUAUAAUUAAGAAACCAGCCAAAAAUAGAAAUCAAAAAAUAUCUUGCCAUGCUUGUUUAAAGUCACUAACAUGCUUAAAUGUUUGAAGACUGAAUUUUGAAAUAUUUGCAUAUUUUCUUGUCAAAUAAAGCUGAUAAUUUAAGUAUAAACAGUUUUUUUUUUUUUGUACUUAUUGAAGUGAUGUAAGGGCUCAUAGGUGGGCUAAAGGGUGGAUCUUUAAUUUAAUUUUGCUCCAAUUUAAGUACUUUUUUUUUUUUUUAUUGUCAUGUGCCAGAUUGAUGUACUGCGUAGAUAUCUACUUCAAAACAUAGGGGUAUUCAUUUUUCAUUUGUAAUUUCUUUAUAUUAAAAAAAUACUUAUAUUAAAGUUU